AGCCCCCCCCCCCUUCGCCGGGCUCCCAUCUAUCGACCGCGAGAAGAAUUUGGAGAGGUGGGGCAGAAUUAAGGGGUGGCGGGGGGCUGUGAUGGUCCUCCACUUGAUUUCCUCUCGCUGUUUGGCUUCAUCCAAACCGAUUACCCGACCCUCAUCUCAAACUCAUUUGGGCAGAAAAUACACUAAUACAGGAGAGUAAAAAGGAAAAGCAGAUUUUUAGCUGCCCCUAAGACUAUACAUUUGUUUGUGCGUCUAACCAUCAGAAGGGGUGGGGGGAGGUACUUUUGAUGCAUGAGAGGGAGAGAGAGAGGAGUGGAGGUGACAUCUCGAGCAAGUCUCCAGAGGCAAUCCCAGGCUUGCACCAGCAGCGCUCACUUCUUGAUGUAGCUGCGCUAUCCACACUGGUUUUGGGGGCUUUGUGACAAGCAUGCACUGACUGAUCUCACAUCUGUUAUGCUCUAACCGCUCUCUGUGCACGUGGAUUUUAGCGAAGUUAGACUUGGAGCGUAAACAUUCAGACAUUUUUCUCUGUUGUCUGGAAGCACCUUUCUGGAUCCGAUGAUCACAGGGCAGCUGAGCAAACCGUUGCUCCCCCUGCGUGCCGAUAUGGACGCCUGCGAGCUGCGGGACGAUGACAAGGCGGCCAGCCCGGACAGCGAGCUCAACGAUGAGCCCUUGCUGCUCUCAGCUGACACCGACUCGGAGGAGAAGAUGUAUGGUGGGCGAGGUGGUUCAGUUAUGUCUGAUGCAAGUAGCAGUCCAACAGAACAUGGUCAUAUGGGUCAGACUCACCCCACAUACCCUGUUGGGCCACAGUCUUUACUGGUGGCUCAGCAGCUGGCAUCGGCUGUUAGUGGAGUGAUGUCUGGAGGAGCUCCGGGUCUCAAUCAGCCCAUUCUGAUCCCCUUUAAUGCUGGUGGGCAUCUGGGUGGGCAGCAGGGCCUGGUUCUCUCUCUACCCACCGCUGCCAACAUACAGGGUCUGGUGGCAGCCGCAGCUGCUGGUGGCAUCAUGACGCUCCCUCUACAGAACCUGCAAGCUACCUCAACCCUAAACUCACAGCUCCAGCAUCUCCAGCAACUCCAGCAGCUUCAGCAUCACCAGCAACAGCAUCAUCAUCAUCAGCAACAACAACAACAACAGCAGCAGCGUGAACGAGAAAAGCGCGAGCGAGACCAACAGCAACGAGAAAGAGAGCAACAGCAGCAGCAGCUCUGCGGCCCGACGCAUCUCCAGCCACCCAGUCACCGUCAGCUCACUCCACCCAUCCAGUCACAAGCGUCUGGACCAUCUGCAGGCUCCGGAUGUACCUCCACCAAUCAUAGCUCAGCUCAGCCUCCGCAGUCUCCGCCCAGUCACAGGCAAAAUCAAUCACCAGCUCGUAGCUUACCGUCACCGGUCACGCCUCCUCUGCCACUACAGCUUAAUCCUCUGGCCAGUCAGGCAGCGGUUGCCGCGGCAGCAGCGAUGGGCUCAAUCGCCGGGUCACAGGUGUUUGGUAAUGCCCUCUCCAGCCUGCAGGGCGUCACAGGGCAACUGGUCACCAAUGCACAAGGACAGAUCAUUGGGACCAUCCCUCUGAUGCCAAACUCCGUGGGACCUUCCAGCCAAUCAGGGGGUGGCACUCCCUCGCUGCAGGUUCAGCCAAUCACACCGCAGCUGCUGACCAAUGCGCAGGGCCAGAUUAUAGCCACUGUGAUUGGCAACCAGAUCCUGCCAGUAAUCAACACCCAGGGAAUCACACUGUCACCCAUUAAACCUGGACAACAGCUGCCACAGGCCUCUCAGCCCCCACAGGCUCCUCCUGUGUCCCAGCCGAAUCUGCUCCGCAUGCCCCACAGUCAGAGUCCACUCCGCCAGGCAUCUUCCUCCUCCUCAACAUCAUCAUCUUCCUCCUCGGCUCUCAGCGUCGGCCAGCUAGUCAGCAAUCCACAGAAUGCCCCCAGUGAAGUGGACGGCGUAAACCUGGAGGAGAUCCGAGAAUUCGCCAAAGCGUUUAAAAUCCGCCGACUGUCUCUGGGUCUGACUCAGACACAGGUGGGACAAGCCCUUAGCGCAACUGAAGGCCCCGCCUACAGCCAGUCUGCCAUCUGCAGACACACCAUCCUGAGAAGCCACUUUUUCCUACCACAGGAAGCCCAAGAGAACACUAUAGCUAGCAGUCUGACAGGCAAACUGAAUCCUGGCCUUUUAUAUCCUGCCAGGUUCGAGAAGUUGGACAUCACCCCUAAAAGCGCCCAGAAGAUUAAGCCCGUGCUGGAGCGCUGGAUGGCCGAGGCGGAAGCCCGCCAUCGCUCCGGUAUGCAGAACCUGACCGAGUUUAUCGGCAGCGAGCCCUCCAAAAAGCGCAAGCGGCGGACCUCUUUCACGCCGCAGGCACUGGAAAUCCUCAACAGCCACUUCGAGAAGAAUACUCACCCCUCCGGUCAGGAGAUGACGGAGAUCGCCGAGAAACUAAACUAUGAUCGCGAGGUGGUGCGGGUGUGGUUCUGCAAUAAGAGGCAAGCCUUGAAAAACACUAUAAAACGGCUGAAACAACCCGAGCUCGGAGCACCUAUGGACCCUAUGGUUGACAAUAUGGAGGAACAUCCUUAGCUCUACAUGACACGACAUAUAGACACCGUUGAUGAAACGUCUGGAAUUAAAAACUGGGAUCAUUACUGUCCAAUGUACCACCUACUGGAUAGACUGUCAACUAAAGCAAAAAGAAAUAUUGUCAGUGACAUCAUGAAGCGAGAAACAAAAGCAAAAACCAAAAAAGAUUAGAAAAAAAGUUGUAUGGGAAUGAAAAAAAAACAGUACUUGAGGGUUUUCUCAAGAGAUUUCUCAAGGAAAGAGAUAAGAACAAGGAUCAUAUUUAAAACGAGGAUGUUGAAGAAACUACUUACCAAAGUUUGUUGCAUCUGAUUCCUGAGUUUUUUUAUAUUGUAAAUGUGUUUUACAUUUUUACCGAACGGGGGGGGGGACAAGAAAAAUAUUUGUGUGGUGGGGUAGAGGGGUGUGACAUUCAUUCUUUUUUUAUUUGAUCACUUUGGGGUUUUAUGUAAAUAUGCUAAUCUGUCACCAAGUUCCAAAAAUAUCUUUAUUUCAAAAUUGUCUGUUAUGGUGCAUUUCUGCCGUCCGUACGAGGCCAUUCUCUGUCGUUGUCAUCUCAUCUGUUUUAUGAAAGACUGCAGGUGGCAGGAAUGGGGUAUAAGAGAUUCUCAGUGAAUAUAGCGUAGACAUCCACAUUCAUCACAGCUGUGUUUAAAGCUACUUCAUGGUGUUGCCAAAGCCUCCUAGCCAAAGAAAACAAUAUUUGGCCCAAGGACUUGUUUCAUACCUUGGCCUAAACCUUCUCAAACCACUUACCUUAUUUUUUCUUUUUCAGUUUAUCACCAAAACCACGGGUUAAUUUAUAUAUACAGUACAGUAUAUAUAGAUAGAUAUACACACAAAACAAGCAAAUGGGGUGAAUUGAACAACAGUUUUGAAUACCUUGAGUUAUGAAAGUUAUUUUUUUCUUAUGAUUGUGUGUAUGUUUCAUUACUUUAAUGCUAAAAGAAGUUUAAAAAUGAAUCACUUUUUUAUGUGAAACUCUAUAACAGUUUGUCAGUUAUAAAGAUACAGAUGGAGGAUAUUUCUGCAAAUUAGUGACAUUGAGCCCAUCUUUAGAUUACACUUAUUAUUUUGUAUGAUUUUAAUUUAUUAUUCAUUGAAUAAAUUAUUUAACAAAUUAUUAAAUUAAUACAUUAUUUCAUUAUUUUCAUAAAUUUCAUUUAUUUACUGCUAAUUUUACUUGAAAUUAGGACAACAAGACAUCAAAGGAUUUGUUUACAGAUCAUUCAGAUCUUUUCCUUUCUUGUAACAUGACGGCUAUCAUAAGAGUGUUUCUGUUGUAGAUGUAUUGCAUUUAAACAUUGUCCAAACACAUAACUCUACAAACAAACAUGCAAAAAUGUAUUUAAGAUGCUCAGAAUGCUCAAUACAAACAUGGUUAAUUCCUCACGUUAUUUAUUGACACCGCAGGCGAAUAUUUAAUUGAUUUGUUUUUGAUCUCAUAACUUUACAAGAGUUCAUUUAUCCAUCAACACUGAACCGUAAAUAACAAGAACAAAGAAAAUCUUUUGAUGUAUUUCUUCAAAUGUUGUACAUAUGUGACCCUGGACAACAAAACCAAUCUUAUGGGUCAAUUUUUCGAAAUUGAGAUUUUUAAAUAAUCUGAAAGCUGAAUAAAUAAUAUUUAUAUAGAUGUAUGAGUUGAAUAGGACAAUAUCUGGCUGAGAUACAACCGUUUAAAAUUCAGGAAUCUGAGAGAGCAAAAAAAUCAAAAUAUUGAGAAAAUUGUUGUUGAAGUUGUUGGCAGACCAUCCACUCACAAAAAUAAAGUUUUUAUAAAUUUAAGGUAGGAAAUUUACAAAAUAUCUUCAUGGAACAUGAUCUUUACUUAAUAUCCUAAUGAUUUUUGGCAUAAAAGAAAAAUCGAUAAUUUUGACCCACACAAUGUUGUUUUGUCUUUUACUAAAAAUGUUCCCGCGCUACUUAAGACUGGUUUUGUGAUCCAGGGUCACAUAUGGACAUUUGCUCUUAUUGUAGAUACAGGAAGAAAAGUCUGGUUUUCAACGCCAAAUCUUGAUUUACAUUUUUAUAAUUGAACCAUUGUCAAAGUAAGUUAAAUCAUACUGUAUGAGAUCAAAUUCUUCCCUUCUCUUUCAUUGUCAUGAAUCGGUGUGGUGGGAAAGCGCUACAGGUAUACAGGCUUAAGAAAAACAAAGCUGUAACCAAAAAUUAAACCCGAGAGACGAGAAUCUACGUUCUGCCUUUGCUCAUCUUUUCAAUGCUGGACCAAAGCUCAAUAGUUAUAUGCACAAUGUACAGAGAAAUGGCUAAACGUUGCUGACAAUCUUGAAAUAUGUAACAGAAAAUGGAUUAAAUGGAUUAUAUCAUUAAAAUUACCUCAGCACUGUCCUGGUAAGUGGUGAAAAAUGUCAUGACAACAAAAACAAUGUGUACUGUAAAUGUUUGUAAGUAGUUUUUAACAACCAUGCACCUGAUUUUCUUUGGAUGUGCUUUUUUUCAGGGUCACAUGUAUAGAGCAUUCUAGAUAGAACAUGAGUUUCUUUCUCUUUUUCUUACCGUUUGCUUUCUGCAUUACAUUUUGUUUCUCUCUCUUUGCAAUGUACUGCACAUUUUUUGAGUUUUAUUGCCUGUAUAAAUGAGGAACAAAGAGAACGUUGCGGUUCAAUUCAGUUGUUUUUGAAAGAUGAUGGAAGCUUUAUUGAAGAAAACACAUUGGUAUACAUAUAUGAACACACAGACACACGUGAAGUCGACUUUGAAACGUUAACAUUGUUAUUACUCUGAAGACCUCGAAACCAAAGCUGAUCAACCUGCUAAGGAUGCUUUAAUUUUAUAGACUGAAAACUGUAUGUAUUAUAUAGAGCAAUAUCUGUUCGGUCAGUUAAGCUGCACUUUGUGUAUUUCUUAACAGCUUCAAGUCUGUCACAUUAAUUUGUACCAUAAUAAUUAAUAAUAAACAA